AUGGUAAAUGUAGCACUACUCAUUUGGUGCAACAGGACUGCACACAAAGCAUCAUCCCUCUACGACAACCAGGGUUUGGCGUGCAUUGCCCUGCAGUACAUAAAAGCGUACCAAGGUGACUGCGAUGCUGUAGGAGGGCCCGACGCCAAGAAGCCUCCUGAUUCUGCAUUUGCCGAAACAUUUGCUCCCAACCGUGGUGUUCAAACCUCAACCCUCGCUCCAAUCACCGGUAGUUUAAUUGGCUGCCAGUCUAAAUAUGUCCACGCUGACGAAGCAUUUUCGAAAAUCUUGAUUGAAAACAGCAAGGUCUUGGACAUUCUCUAAGCUAAGAACCACACUUAAGUGGGAGCUGCUGCGAGUGGCAGUGAUGGUGGAGCUCCAUAUUUCUGGUGCGUUUUGUUCAGCAGCGGAAAAACUUACAGUACCUUUGUAACGGAGGGAGGUGAGGCUAAAAUAACAAGGCCCCGAUGCUUCAGUGGUGCUAAUGACGAUUGCAGUGAAUCUAAUCACCCAGCCAGUGGUGCCGAUGAUUGGUCUAGAAGCAGUCGUCUGUGGCCAAUUUUCACCACGGCUCUGACUGCAAUGUCGUGUGCCUUUGGAUUGUGA